AUGGGAGAAAUCGACUGGGAGAAGUACAGCAUUGAAGAUUUCCUCAGUGGAGAUUUUGGUAAUUACAAUUACAGCUCUGAACUGCCCUCUGAAGCGUUUGGAUCUGCUCCAUGCCGCUCAGAAUCCCUUGAAAUCAGCAGUCAAGCUUUGGUCACAAUCUACGUCCUGGUUUUCCUGCUGAGCCUUCUGGGAAACUCCCUGGUGAUGCUGGUCAUCUUAUAUAGCCGCAGCACCUGCUCUGUCACCGACGUCUACCUGCUGAACCUGGCCAUCGCAGACCUGCUCUUUGCCCUGACCUUACCCAUCUGGGCAGCCUCCAAGGUGAACGGCUGGGUCUUUGGCACCGCCCUGUGCAAGAUGGUCUCCCUCCUGAAGGAGGUCAACUUCUACAGUAGUAUCUUACUAUUGGCCUGCAUCAGCGUGGACCGCUACCUAGCCAUCGUCCACGCCACACGCACGCUGAUCCAGAAGCGACACUUGGUCAAGUUUGUAUGCCUAAGCAUGUGGCUACUGUCAUUCAUUCUGUCCCUGCCUCCCUUUAUAAUCCGCAAGGCCAUCUACCCACCCUCCUUCAGCCCGAUCUGCUACGAGGACCUGGGAAAUAGCACAACCAAGUGGCGGAUGGUGCUGCGCAUCCUGCCCCAGACCUUCGGCUUCCUCCUGCCGCUGCUGGUCAUGCUGUUCUGCUACGGCUUCACGCUGCGCACGCUGUUCAAGGCCCACAUGGGCCAGAAGCACCGGGCCAUGAGGGUCAUCUUUGCCGUUGUGCUCGUCUUCCUGCUCUGCUGGCUGCCCUACAACCUGGUCCUGCUCGCAGACACGCUCAUGAGAACCCGGGUGAUCGCCGAGACCUGCAGACGCCGCCAUGAAAUCGACAGGGCCUUCGAUGUCACCGAGAUCCUCAGCUUCCUCCACUGUUGCCUCAAUCCCAUCAUCUACGCCUUCAUCGGCCAAAAGUUUCGCUAUGGGCUUCUCAAGAUCAUGGCCACUUAUGGGCUCGUCAGCAAGGACUUACUAGCCAGAGAAAGCAGGCCUUCCUUCAUUGCCUCUUCUUCGGGGAACACCUCUAGUACCCGCUAAGCCGGCCCACCUAAGCUGCAGCCCCGCACAGUUCCUCCCUGACCUUCAGUGGCCUGACUGCUCGAGAGCUCGUGACCCCAGGCUGUUUGUUUGUGGUAUUUGUCAAGCCGGUCCCUCCACUGUGGUCAUAGGAAGGUACAGAGGCCACAGGGCCACCAGGCUCACAUUGCAACACCGCCUUGC